AUCCUUUUAUUGUAUAGACAGAGAAACUGAGGCUCAAGAAGUUAUUAAAGUGGCAGAGUUGGGAAAUGAAUGAAACUGAAUUGGAGGCUUCCAACUCCAAACUGUAGUCCUCUUCCCCUUAUAACAUAUUGCAUUUUAAGCUAGUUUCUUCUCAGGGUUAAAGGCUAGUAAAGGCAAGUAUUAAUUUCUUAAAGUGUUUAGCAUUGUAUCCUUUCUAAAGUCUUUGACAUCUGUAUCUACUAUAUAUCACAGGCAAUUGAUCAAGGUAAUAGUUGUGAAAUCCUUUGAAAAGUUGAAAGUUUUGUUCAAAUGUGAAUUGUCUCGUUCCUCUGCUCAGGCAUGGAAAUUUUUUGUCUUUUCUUUCAACUCCCCCCCCCCCCAAAAAAAAAAAAAAAAAAAAAAAAAACAACCUCCCUCCUCAUCUACCUGUGCCAAAAAGAAAUUAAGAAAUGCCCUGGUUGGAAUAAUCAUAGCCCUGCAGGAAUAUUUCUUUGAUCUUCUUCUGCCCUCCUCAAUACUUUCUGUCAUUCUGAAUUCAAUACUUCUACCUUCUUUCCAAUAAAGUAACAGUUCUUUUUGUUCUUCAUAUCACACUAUGAUUUUCACCCCGACCAUAUUCCUAAUCAUCUAAAUGACUUCCUCAUUUACUGAUAUUGAAAUGAUGUAUAAAAUUAUUUAAGAAAAUCUUUCCCUUCUUACCACUUUCAAUAACCUCCCUCUCCCAACAUUUCUUAUAACGCAAAAAAAAAAAAAAAAAAUUAAAGAUGGGGAUAGGCUGAAGAAAUGGAGAGGAUGAGGGAAUUAUAUUGACAUUGCCAUUGAAAGGAUAAAAAAAAAAAUUAUUCCCAUUCCCCCUAUAAUUUGGUUUGGGGCAAAGAGGAGUAAAGAUAGUGAAAGUCUUUCCUUGUUUGCCUAAAUGUUCUAAAAAUCAGGAAAGACAAAAAAAGGGGGUGGGGGAAACUAAUAACAAUUAAAAAAAAGCUUCACAUAACAAUACAAUCCAUUUAAACUGUGGCUCAUACUUUUCAUACCAAUGUCAUGACUUUUUUUUUUUUUUAAUUCCCUAGUCUGAUUCUUGAACUCUGGAGCUGGCAGCGUUGUGAAGGGGAAGUAGAAUCUGACACUGCACCAGCAGGUUUACCAAAGGUCUCUAAUGGGUAUUUUCUUUUUCUUAGCCCUGCCCCUGAAUUGUCAGACGGCGUCUGCCUCUCUGAAGUUUGCAGUGAUUUCCUUUCCAGCCUGGCCUUAUCUUGGUCCGCACGUUGCUGCCUCUUGGUGACUAAUAACACAAUAACAUUGUCUCAGGAUAGAAAAAAAAAAAAAAAGUCUGAGCUGUUUACUCGCUCUAUGGGGGUUCAGUAUAAAAAGGAGGCAGAGUGCUGUCCAAGCCAGAUUGGCUUCUGCAUGAGCACUGGAAGUCACUGAAAAGAUCGUCAGGUUUCUAGUACAGCUCACUGGACGAUCGCGGAAUUUCCAGACCUUUUGGAUUGCCCUCUCUCCCGGCAGAGGCAGAAGUUUCUCUCUCUCUCUCUCUUUGGACACCAACAUUGAAGAAAAAAACUUUGGGGGUCCGAAUAUCAGCAGUAGUUCAGGGUUAAACUGAAGUUGUUUUUGUGUGUUUUAAUUUGAGCUUAGUUGGCAGAGGAGGUAUUUUCAGAAUGGAUUAUUUCCAGAUGAUUUUCUCCCUGCUGUUUGUGGUUUUCCAAGGAGCUCCAGACACAGCUUUUGGUACUGAGCUCAGCACAGAAGCCCAAGCUGGUGUGGUCAAUCCACCUCCCAGUUCACCCUGGCGCCCUCGACGCUCUAAACGCUGCUCUUGCUCGUCCUUGUUGGAUAAAGAAUGUGUGUACUUCUGCCACCUGGACAUCAUUUGGAUCAACACUCCCGAGCACACAGUUCCAUAUGGACUUGGAAGCCCUUCUCGAUCCAAACGAUCCCUAGAAGAUUCACUUCUUACCAAGUCAGCAGACUCCAGGAAGAGAUGCCAAUGUACCAGCCAAAAAGACAAGAAAUGCUGGGUCUUUUGCCAAGCAGGAAAGGAACUCUGGGCCCAAAAUACUCUGAAGAAAUCCUGGAUUGAAGCAAAAGGAAAAGACUGUAUUGAUGAUGGACUGAAGUGUGUGCACCAAGAGCUUGUGAACAAGAAAAAAAUGAGAAGGUUGGAGGCCAUUAGUAAUAGCAUCAAAGCAUCCUUUCAUCUUGCAAAGCAGAGAGCUGAGCUUCACAAAGCAAAGAGGGUAACUCACAACCGUGCACAUCAAACGCAAAGCAUUUGGGACAGUCUGAAGACAACAUCUUAGUUAAGCGAUCUCUGUGGUUCAUCUUCAUGUACUCUGGCUGGCAAAGCAUGGCAGCAUCUCCCCUGCUUUGGCCUUUCUUUAUUCCAGAUUGGCAAGGGACUGUGGAUCCUUGUUCCAAACAUUCCAAGAAAGGUAGAGGAGUUCCUAAAAUCUGUCUUCAUCUGCUUCCAUUAGCAAUGAAAAGCUUUGCUCCUCCUCAUCCAGGAAUGUAAAUGGAUGGCUGACUGGGGGCCAAUCUGGGAGAAAACAAAGAAUAAGUAAUACAUUAAUUAGUGAUACAUCUGUCAGGAGGAGGAGAGGAGACAACACAUUUGGAUGGAGCUUCUGAAGAGAGGGUCCGAAGGGGAGUGUGUGUCUGACUCAAAUGUCUGGCAGAUUUCAGGGAGAAACUCCAAAGCUCCAUGAGAAGAUUUUGCAAGGAAUGCAUAAAUUGGAAACACAUGCCAUGGAGAGACACCCAAGUUAGAAAUCAAAGAUAAUCUUUUUCAAUUCAUAAAAAUGCAAAACUGAAAGAAACUGUACUACUGUAUAUCAGGAUGUGUUUCAUGAAUACGCGUCUACCUCACCUGUAUUGCACUCCUGCAGAAGUAUUUCAUCACCUUAUUUUGCCUUUACUCAUUGCUCCCUGCUUUCCUUUCCCUCACCCUUUCCCAAAUAAAACCUAUUCUCUGGCCUCUUAGAAGUCCAGUUUGAGCAAUAGUAGACAUCACAUUUUGGUGAUGAUCUACUCCAUUUGAUGCAUAUGAGAAAAGGUCACUGAACCAGGUAGCUGAUACCCUGAAUCUCCUCUUUAUUGUAAAAGUGCUGAUAAAGAGUUUGUGAAAAAUGCUAAAAGGUGAAAAUUGGGUAUAUGUUAGAGCAGCAAAAUCAUUUACCUUAUUGGAACUGGUUAAUGGAGGUUGAAUUAAAUUUUGUGAUGUACUUAUUUUUUUAUAGAUAUUUAUAUUCAAACAAUUUAUUCCUUAUAUUUACCAUGUUAAAUAUAUGUUGGGGCAGGCCAUAUUGGUCUAUGCAUGGUUUAUGUAUUUCUGAAUGAAAUUGAAAUUGAGAAAUGCUUUUUGCCUGUCAAGGUAAUUGACCUUAGAAAUAAAUAUUUUUCCCUAUUCUA